ACACCCUUCAAAUUCACCCUCCCUCCCUCCCUCCCUCCCUCUCUCCCCACACACACUCUCUCUCUCUCUCCUCACACACACGCACUCUCUCUCUCUCUCUCUCUGUUUGUGCAAUUUUUGCUCUGAUUUUUUUGUCUACUUUUUCAGUGUAUUUUUGAGAUUUUUUUUGCAGCGAAGAAGAUGGAGUUGUGCGCCUCUGAGAAAAAGGGCAUGUGGCUUGGCUCUUUUUUGGAAGCAAUGGUGGUCAACACUGUCCUUGCUGCUCCCAACUCCCUUGCUCUGCUGCUCCUUGCGACUGGGGCGCUGAUGAAUGAUAUCAAUACGUCACCAGAAUUGACUGCAGUCACUGGAAGGUUUCCUUUUGAAGAAAUUCUGAAACUGGAAAAACCUGGUGCGGAAAACAAAGAUGCUAGCGAUACAGAGGAUGAUGAAGAGGAUGGAGAUGAUGAGGAGGUGGAUGACCCAGAGGGUGAUGAUGCAGGAGAUGAGGACCUCUCAGGUGACGAGGGGGCAGAUAAAGAAGGGGAUCCUGAGGAUGACCCUGAAGCCAAUGGUGACGGAGGCAGCGAUGAAGAGGAUGAUGAAGAUGACGACGAUGAUGAUGGUGAUGAUGAUGAUGAUGAAGAUGAGGAUGGAGAAGAAGAAGAGGAAGAAGAGGAGGACGAGAUUUCAGAGCCACCUGCCAAAAGGAGGAAGUGAGAGGAGGCGCCUGUCAUCCUUUGCCAUUGUGUUGUUUCCGUUUCAGUCAGGAGUUAUGAAGUAGUGAGGCAGAAUUUAGCUCGUCGGUUCGAUCAGAGUAGAAUUUACAUUCCUUGUUCUUAAUGAACUGCUAAUGUUAUUGGUCAUCUUUGAGAUGCAUUGUUCGCUUUAUGAAAAUCAGUAGACCUCUUUAAUGUAGUGUCGAGAAUCGUUGUAUGUUGUUAAACCUCGUUUAUCAAUUUAUAUAAGUUGGGAUUCAUAAAA